AUGUGGGGCAACGACGGCUACGUGCUAAUGUCGUCCAAGGAUAACAACUGUGGCGUCAUGAGCGCGCCCACCUACAAGUACUGGCUGGUGAAGAACUCGUGGUCCAACAUGUGGGGCAACGACGGCUACGUGCUAAUGUCGGCCAAGGACAACAACUGCGACGUCAUGAGCGCGCCCACCUACGUACUCAUAGAUGGAAAGAGACAAUACAAUAUAAAUGCUAGGAGGAAAAGAGAGACAAAUGAAGAUCCUCGGUGCCAGCCGUUCACAUUUGAAACUGGGAAGAAACGCCUGACGCAUCCGAGGAACGUUGGGGAACAAGACAACAAACCCGGAGAAGGCACUUACACGAGCAACACCACGUGUUUUACUACUAUAGAAGCUGAGGAAGGGCAGGUCAUAGAGUUGACGUUCGUGGACGUGUUCGAGAUAGAAUAUAGUGCUGACUGUGUAAAUGAUUAUUUAGAGAUCCGCAACGGCAAAUUCGGCUACGCACGCCCGGAGUACAGGUAUUGCGGUAAAGGCUUUCCUCCGCAAGUGACAUCCACUGGGCCUUAUUUGUGGCUGAAGUUCAAGUCAGACGACAUCAUAGAGUAUGCAGGCUUCACCAUCGAGGUCAACUUCCAACCGAAGAUCGGCAGUCGAGCAAUAGACGGAUCCUGCUACAUAACCAAAAGUGGAAACAGCGGCACCAUCGACGGCACCAGCACCAGUUCAGACCUCCAGAAGUGUCGAGCGGCGACCCCUGGCCCACUCGACGUUCAGUGGAAGAUAGAGGCCGAGCCGGGGACCCAGAUAUAUCUGAACAUCACAAAGUUCCAAUUGGCAAAUCCGAACAAUUGUACCAGAAACACGGUGCAAAUUUUUGGCGCCAAACCAAACUUCGAACAUUUGUUAGGGGAGUACUGCAGCUCAGUGGCCAAGUCGCUCUGGACGGAAGAAGGGAAGAAAAUCCCGGGCCCUGUCAACAUCAUGUACAUCCGGCUAUAUACUAUCGACAGGAGGUCCAACUUCAGCGCUAUAUACACACAAUUCCGUACCGCCGAUGCAUGCGAUGCGGACACAGAGUUUGACUGCAAAGACAGCACGUGCAUCGCCUCAUCGUUGAGAUGUGACGAAAUAGCGCACUGCAGGCUCAAGAACGAUGAAGACCCUGUCGAGUGCAAGGGCGAGGCGCAGUCGCUGGUGCGAGACAAGGACACCCGCAACAUCCUGAUCGUGUUCUCGCUCAUCCUGUCCGGGAUGGUCGCCGUGUUCCUUUUCAAGUGCAUCCGGAAAUUAUACAACGACCAGAAGUUAAUCAACGAGUACAAGUCGCAGGCCCGCGAUGACCUCAACAAGACCGCCAGCCAGCUCACGCUUGACCCGAAGCCCAGCAGGUGCCGGGAGAGUCCCAGUCUCGAACAUCACAACCACUCCAACGAAGGGAACAGGCAUACGCACCAACAGAGGUCCACCAGUAUGGAGUCGGACCUCUUACGCAUGCGCGUCGACGACGACAGCUGGCCUGAGACUCAGCCCUUCGUGGAAGACAGCAGGCACAAGAGCAGACCCACUCGGGACCUCGGCUGGAACGAAGAGUUAUUGAGCGCGAUGGAAGACAGUAGGCACAAGAGUAGACCCCUGAGGGAUCUCGGCUGGAACGAAGAGUUAUUGAGGGAAAAAGGCAAGGAAGAGAAAAACAGAGACUUAUCAACACUAGUACAAGAGAUUCAAGAUACGGGGUGUCAGACCAGAGACAGUCUGUUCCAAAUGGAUCCUAUACUUCCUACAACUAAUGCUCCAGGGUCGAAGUCAGGCUCCAAUAGCCGUGCAGGGUCCGGAGUAUCUCCCCGCACCCCCACCCCCCGCCUUACCGUGGAACUUUUAAGACAGGCUACGGCCCAAGAAUCCACUUCACAAGCUGACGGGCGCCCUUUGAGCACCGAGACCACUAAAUCAGCACCUGACGUCAUACAGAUCUACUGA